GUCCUUUAAGUCGCUAUGUUGCGAAAUUGUGCGCCACCCUCAAUUCUACUUGAAAUUUAAAAAUGACAACAUAAAACGUUGUGUAUUUCUGAAUUGUUUUCUUAAUACAAAAAAGCGAACUUAUUUUAAUUUAUUUGACUGAUCGGUAUCUACGCAGUUAAGUAUUGUUUGGUAGUGUAAAAAGCCAGCUCUCUACUUUUCAAGUACCUCUAACUUAGAAUGAUGUAUGUGGAAGUAGUCUUUAAUCUGUCUACAUAAAUGUCUCUAAUUCUGAUUAUUGAGCUGAUUUUGAAAAAUAAAAAACAUUUUAUUUGUUUUGUGCCGAAUGAAUGUGACAUGAACUACUUUUAGAUAGCCAUUUAUUUAUUUAAAAUCUCCUUAAUACAGUUAUUAUAAUUUUUGUGUGACUCUUUAGUUUGUGUAAAAGUUACUCUUUGAGUGACUUACCUCUGUUUUUUUUUUUAUCAUGACAGAUAUAUCUUGUUUUGUGCCGCAUGUUCAAAAACAUGUUGAAGUUAUCCUAACUAAGCGUUAUAUUGGCUUAAGCCAUGAAGGUCUUGUUAUUAAAAAUCCACAACCAUCCUGUCCUUCAUUUGAGAAAAAUGCUAAUUGUGACAGAUUUACUGUCGUGGUUCCGUAUGCUGGAACCUCUGUUGAGUUUAUUGUUAUGUUUCAAGCUACUCAACCAGAAUGUCCCCCAGACUUUCUAUUUUCCGAUCUGAAAUUUUUCGUUCCAAUCGAUGAAUUAGAAAGCUUGCAUAAUUGGGAUGUUCAGGAAACAGAUGGUUUGUUUAAAGUAGUGAAAGAGAUUAUGUAUUACUAUAAAAAAAAGAAUAUGGAAGAUUUAGAAAAAUACACAGAAUUAAAUUACGAAUAUUUAUCGUUGUUUCAAAUACGGAAUUUUAGUGAAGACGAUAUUGAAGUUUACGUGCCUUCUAAAGCAAAGACUCCAAUUACGAUGCUCGUUCGAUUGCAUGUUGAGUUUUGUGAUGUUUUGCCAGAUGUAACUCAAAGAAGUGGUUAUGAAUCAGCUUUGUUAUUGUUAAUAUUUUCAGACAGAGAUAAUGAAAAAUGCAGCCAAAGGCUAUAUUUAUCUGAAGAAAUCAAAAAUGCUCUUGGACUUAAUGGAAAUUUUGAAUUUCCUGGUCAUAUGAGGGAAUUUCAACUUAAUCGUUACAUCGUAGCUGUCGAAGAUAAGCUUCGUUGCCAAGUUGACUUAGUUGCAUCUCGAUACGAAAGUAGGAAAACUUAUUUUGCUAAGUUUUUAAGUCAUUUUUAUAAUUGUGUUGUUGAAUAUGACAUAUUUUAUUUCCAUAAUAUGGUUCUCUUGCUUGAAGUAGAAGAUUUUAAUUUUCUGUUGGAAAUUAAUUUACCUGAAAAUUUUCCUACUGGUGUUCCUGAUUUAAUUUUUAGAUCUAUUUAUCAUACAUGUUCAGGAGUGCCUACUUCAGUUGUAGUUGAUUCCUAUCCUUAUUGUUCUUCGUGGUCACUUGAAAAAGUUUUCAAUGAGACUGUUAAAUCUAUCGAAGCUUAUGCAAUUAUGCUCAAAGAGGAUAGUGAACCUUAUUUUUAGUGCAAGUUUCUUGGAUAUUGUAAUGACACAGAACUUUAUUCUGAAGAAAGUGAAUGUUAUUCAGAUGAAACUGAAUGCUAUUCAGAGGAGAACUAAAUGCUGAACAGUUAUUAUAUUUCAAAACAUUAUAAUCAAAUUUCAAAUUUAAUUACAUCAGUGCUUGUAAAUUUUAUCUUAUUUAUAUGCUAAUCUCAUUUUAUUUAUGACCACCUUUUUUGUGUUUUACUAUGUAAAAUUAUAAAAUCGGAGCAAACUAGCCCUAAAAAUUAUCCCUUACAGAUCAGAUAAGUUUCUUUGAUUAACUUAUUUGAAGUAAAAAUAACAUUUCAUAAUCUAAGUUUAAAAUGUUUAUUUUUGUUAAACAUUUUCAUAUGUAUAUAGAUUUUGACAUCCUUUUUUUCUUUUCUGCUUGGGUUUUAAGUUCAUAUAAGUUUUUAGUUCUUUCAGUUUUUAAACACUAAUUUUUUUUUCAAUAGAUAUAACACAAUUCUAAUAUUGUAUUUUUAUAAAAGUUUAUUGCACUGAUGAAUA